AUGAUGGCGAUUCGCAGCAUGAAAGUGACACCGCGGCGCGGCAUUCUAGGACCAAGACUCCAGCCUUACGUCGAAGUAGAUCGCGGGAACGGCGAUCGGCAAGACGGCAGGAAAGUAAGCGACGUCAUGAGCAACAGGUCCGAAGCCCUACAGUGCACAAGAGAUUGGUACUGUCAUGGCCAGUCUCUGGGUACUGUCAUGGCCGGCCUUGUGCCCUUGGAGAUAAGAAAAGAAUUUGGUCACCACGGGACCAUGUCAGAGUUGGUACUGUCAUGGCCAGAUUCUGAAUGGUCACAAGGCAAG